AUGACCUCAUCACCUCGAAGCCCCUCCAAGUCGCCCUCGUCCAGCCCCGAGACGGACAGCGACAAGGUGGUAGAGACGCCGGAGAUGACACCGCCGACGACGCAGAGGCCCAGGAAGCUCAAGUCCCCGCCGUCGCAGCCUCAGCCUCGUCCGCCUCUCCCGCCUCGUCCGCCUCGCAUCCGCCGCCCCAGGAAGGGCUCCCUCCGUGACAUCCUCCGCCAGCACGCCGGCACCGCGCUCUUCAUGCGCCCCAUCUGCUGGACAGAUCUUCACGCCAGCCUGCUCGGGGCGCGCUUCUGUGAGCUGCCCCCUUGCGACACGCCACAGCCUUGCGACCUGCCGGGCCCCACGCCGUCGCAGGGCCACAUUCAGCCGUCGGACACAAUCACCAGGCUGAGCGAGGCGCUGACGGAGAUCCUGACGCCCCUUUCGCCGGUAGCAAAGCCGACUUCCACAGCCGUCAAAGUCAUCCUGUCGACGCUGUGGCCGGCGGCGUUUGCCAAAUCGCACACGGCACCAGAACUCAACAUGUACUAUGGCGAUAAGGUCUACUUUGACGCCGUCCGUGCCCAGGCGCUAUGGAACUUUCCUCCAAACCCUCCCACCUUGUCAUCACAAAGCUCUACCGCGACAAUAAUAGCCCGCCCUUGCGAGUCUCAUGGCUCCCUAGCAUCAACCACCACAGCCCACUCGCCUGCCAACCUACCGAUGCUAUGUUAUAUCGGAAAGCAACAGCUGGCGACAAUACGCCAACAUCUCUUUCGCGUAGGCACUGGGCCCGAUGCCAAGCCCAACAUGCCUGUAUUACGGCUACAGCGGCUGCGGGCGAAGCAGCUCAUCCCCACAGACUCUGACGAAGAUGCGCAUUUCGUCGGCAUUUUCCUGGCCAUGGCCCAGCGCCACUUCUACACAACGCCGGUCAAAAUCCCCAGAGAGGGAUAUUGGCCGCCGCGAGAGGGUCGUUGGUCGCCGCGGGAGGGCAAGCCUCCCAGACCCAACUUCCAGGAUGUCAAGCUGAGAAUCCUGACUCACGACAACGAGACGUGCGAGUUCCUGGUCUAUACGGGGUACGUGACGGCCAAGUUCCUCGACCGGUUCUACGACCCCUCCUGCGCUCCGUUGGACGAAGACGGCAACGUUGAGGGGAUGAAGAUUGAGUUUACUCGCGUGCCCAUCUGGCCCAUCCUGGGGCUGCGGGAACGACUGGGAAAGGCCCUGGGCGAGGACAUUGUGGGCCCGUUUGACCCGAGCAAGAUGGAGACGUGGGAGUUUGACGGCCCGAGGCCUGAGCCGAGAUCACAGGACUCGGAUGCUACCGUUGCUACUGUUCUGACUUCUAAGCGCAAGCGUGGCAGCUCUCCAUCCACAUCGGGCGAGAGCUCAGAAGAGGAGUCGGAUGAUGAUGAUUCUGACUUGCCAGACAAGCGAAGAUGCUUGAGUGAAGAGAGCCGUGUUGGCGUUGUGGUAUAG